CGGAUCUCCACUCGACGAUCGUCAGCCGAGCGGUGUGGUAGUGUCAUUAGUGCGCUCCGUGGCACUCCAAGCCUCGUAAUCGCGUUGCGUGGAUCGCACAAAAAACAAGUAACCAAAAUGUUUCCCUGAAUCGUCGCAGUCAAAGAAAGAAGUGAUUGGAGUGUAUACUUUGUCGCUUUAUUCUCUACGCGCCGUGUGACCUUCGAUUGCUGUAAAAGUGAAGCUGUGAUCGCAAAAAACAACGGCGUAAAAAAUGGCACAAUAGGCCGCUACUGAAAGAGACAGACAACCAAACAAUCGGCGGAAAGAGUCACAGUCCACAGUCAUCAUCAUUGUGGCACACGUACUUAUAUCACACAGCUACCUACCUGGCCUAGCUUACAUCAAAAGACUGAAAGAGUGCUUCCAUCAUGGCAAACAUGAUCUUCAUUUCGGUUUUGCUGCUGACAACAGCAGCAUACAUUCUGGCGGCACCGAGAGCCGGUGGGCUGGAGAUGAUCAUUCUUCACAACAACGAUAUGCACGCCCGAUUCGAACAAACCGGAGCCUACAGCAAUGACUGUCAACCAUCGGACGUUGCCAAUAACCGGUGUUAUGGUGGAUUUGCAAGAGUCGCACACAAAGUACGGGAGUUCCGCGAGAAGGAAGCGGAAGGAGGACUGCCGGUACUGUAUCUUAAUGCCGGUGAUACUUACACCGGAACACCGUGGUUUGCGGUCUACAAGGACAACAUUACGGCCGCCUUUCUAAACAAACUGAAACCGGAUGCAAUAUCCCUAGGCAAUCAUGAGUUUGAUUUGGGAGUUGCAGGAUUGGUACCGUUCCUGAAUGAGGUGGACUUCCCGGUGCUAGUAGCUAAUCUGGACCUGAGCAAAACACCGCAGAUGCAAUCGACGAAAUCACUGAGCCGCUCAGUAGUCUUCACCAAGGCUGGAGUGCGCAUCGGUGUCGUCGGUUACCUUACACCGGAAACUAAACAACUGACUCCCGUGAAUACGGUAGAAUUUUUGGAUGAAAUCGAAGCGAUCAAUAAGGAAGCAGCGACGCUGAAAGAGCAAGGCGUUCACAUUCUGAUCGCAUUGGGACACAGUGGAUUAGAGCGUGAUAAGCAGAUAGCUGCCGAAUGUCCGGAUAUAGACCUGGUAAUCGGGGGCCAUUCUCACACGUUCCUGUACAGUGGCCCAGCACCGGAUGUCGAUACACCGGCCGGUCCAUAUCCGGUGAUGGUAAAGAAUGCCGCAGGCAAAGAUGUACCCGUGGUACAGGCGUACGCUUACACAAAGUAUCUCGGUUAUCUACAUCUAACAUUUGACGAUGCCGGUAAUCUGCUCGAACUGGACGGUAGUCCGAUUCUGCUCAACGGCACCGUGGAACGCGAUUCGGAUGUGUUGCAGCUGCUAGAAGUUUACCGACCCGGUAUAUUGGAUUUGGACGAGAAGAUCGGACACACGUACGCCUUUCUGGACUCAAGCCGGUGUCGUUUUGAAGAGUGUAACAUUGGCAACAUGCUGGCCGAUUCGCUCGUCGUUACGUAUGUAGCGAACCGUGAAAGCAACGGCGAUCAGUACUGGACGGAUGCGGCAAUCGGGUUCAUCCAGGGCGGUGGUAUCCGGGCGUCGCUAAACUCUGGACCAAUCACUAAGAAGGAUCUCAAAACCGUGCUCCCGUUCGGCAAUGCGAUGGUGGUGACGGAGGUGAGCGGUGCCACCAUUCGACAGAUGCUGGAGCAUAGCGUUGCCCGAUACGAUGGAGUGUCCGGGUACGGAGAGUUCCUGCAGAUGGCCGGUGUUCAUGUGCACUACGAUCUAGCACGGCCAUCGUUGCAGCGAGUGGUACGCGUCGAUGUGCGUUGCGCGAAAUGUACCAUUCCUUCGUACGGUCCGCUGAACGAUACCGCAUCCUAUCGCAUCCUGCUGAGCCAGUUCCUGUACGAAGGUGGUGACGGUUAUACGAUGAUUCCCGGGGCACUCAAGGAAACUUUAACAUUCGGCGAGUAUGAAAUUACUGAGGAAUAUCUGAAGAACUACUCGCCCAUCUAUCCGGCCAUCGAAUGGCGCAUUCAAAUGGAAGGUGUACCAAGUGCGCCGCCAUCAACGGUUGAUCCAGAGUUGUCCACUGUGCCGGGUCCUACCACCACUGAGGCUGAUGGUGGAGUGGGGCGAUUGGGAGGAGCAACGAUUUCCACGCUUGGAAUGAUGCUGUUAGUUGCACUUAACCAUCAUCUACUAUGAGUAGAGUGUUACCUUCCUGUGUAUGUUUAAGUAAGUCGUAAGGCCCAAAAAUUCCUCCAUAUCCUAGGGACUACGAACUGGGCUGAGGCUUUCAUGGUCAACACGAGAGUUCCUACUAACAGGGAAAUGUGUACAAAGUUGAAUAAACAAACGCUGAAAAAAAACCAGCAAUAACGAUCAAAUACAGAUACGAACAACAUUUGUUUAA